AUGGUGUCCGGGAAAGAUCCGAAUACUGUGGACACACAAGACCCUGUAAAAAGUACAGUCCCGAAUUAUGGAUAUUCUCUGCGUAAAGGUGAUUUUGCGCAAAGACCCAUGUCCAUGAAAAAGUUUCUUGAACCCUUCGACCACAGCAGCUUGACAAAUACGGAAGCUGGGGAAAAAUAUGCAGCCUACAAAGCCAGUUUUAUUCGUCAGCAGCUGGAGGAAUUUUUCGAGCGAAAUAAAGCACAUGCAUGGUUUCGUGAAAAAUACCAUCCAGACUAUUGUACAGAAUUAUCAUCUUGUACGAAGUUAUUUGAAAAACGUUUAGAAAUUUUCAUGGAAUUCUAUAAGAAUGGCUAUCUUAACAAUCUACAUUUAACCAGUGGUUAUGAAAGUGAAAUUGUUCGUCUGUUAGAUAUGGUUGCAAUCAAGCUUGCUGGUGGUACUGAGGAAGAUUUCAUUCUUUUGGAUAAACUAAAUGAAGAUCAAAAUUCGAAUGAUUUCAGUAUGAUUAUCGAAGAGUCUAGUCAUCAACAGGAGAGGAAUUAUGAAGCAUCGAACAAUGGGGUUCAGUCAUCAGAAGUUCAACAGGCUCAACAAAUUCAAAAGAACUCUGAUAAAAAGCUUACAAAGAAAGCAAAGCCUAAAACAGGUUCAAAACAAAACUCAAAAUCACAAAGCGAAAGGAGUCAAAAGUUGAGAAACCACUGCGUGAUAAAGAUGAUGAUGAAGAAGAAGAAGGUGAAGAUAGUAGUUUAA